UAUAUUGUGCACUGAGACCGGGAGAUCUGGUCUAGAGCUGAGUGGAGCCGGGCUGCAGUUUUGGGAGGCUUCUCUGCACGGCACUGGGAUCCGCAUCUUCCCAGAAUUGCCAAGCCUCACAGCCGGGUUUCUUUUAGUGCUGCUGUUUUCUAUUUCUCUCUGAGCUUCAGAAAGCCGAAAGAUUUUAUCUAGCUCAAACAAGACUGCUGGUGUUCCCUCUUUUUUUCUGCGAGGGUGUUUUUGGCUGCAAUUGCAUGAAAUCCCAAUGGUGUAGACCAGUGGCGAUGGAUCUAGGAGUUUACCAACUGAGACAUUUUUCAAUUUCUUUCUUAUCAUCCUUGCUGGGGACUGAAAACGCUUCUGUGAGACUUGAUAAUAGCUCCUCUGGUGCAAGUGUGGUAGCUAUUGACAACAAAAUCGAGCAAGCUAUGGAUCUGGUAAAAAGCCAUUUGAUGUAUGCCGUUAGAGAGGAAGUGGAGGUCCUCAAAGAGCAAAUCAAAGAACUAAUAGAGAAAAAUUCCCAGCUGGAGCAGGAAAACAAUCUGCUGAAGACACUGGCCAGUCCUGAGCAGCUCGCCCAGUUUCAGGCCCAGCUGCAGACUGGCUCCCCACCUGCCACCACGCAGCCACAGGGCUCCACACAGCCCCCCGCCCAGCCAGCGUCCCAAGGCUCAGGACCGACCGCAUAGCUUCCCAUGCCCACGCAGAACUGGCUGCUGCUGUCUGAACUGAACAGAAGAUGUACUAGGGAGAAUCCGCCUCCACAGUCACCCAUUUCAUUACUUGCUGCAAAAGAGACGUGAGAGUGACAUAUGCCAUUAUCUUUUUUCCAGUAUUAAACACCCAUAUGCUUUUGGCUUGAAGAAAGUUCUUAGUUGGGUGAAUUAAAGAUUAAUCAGAGAAUUAGAAUGGAUAUACUGGGACCUCAUGCAGCCUGACAGAUAUCUGAGAAAAAGUUUAAUUCAUGCUGAGGGGCUGUGUGCCUUUCCAUCCCUUUCCAGCUCCACAUCCCCCAUUUCUGAGAGUUCUCCUGCUUGCACUUAGUGUGCUACAUGGGGUUACCAAGUGGUGGAGCUCCUCACUGGACUUUUCCUCUCUCCUCUCCUCAUGAGGAACUUGAAAGGGAGGUAAAAGUAAAGACUAAAAUGAGAGGGAAAUAUUUCCUUGUACAAUUGACGACUGUCACCAAAAUCCACAAAAAACAAUAGUACUGUGCCUCUUUCUGAAACAGUGGAUGACACAAAACUAUUAGAGUGACAAAAUGGUGACAGGUAGCUGGGACCUAGGCUAUCUUACCAUGAAGGUUGUUUUGCUUAUUGUAUAUUUGUGUAUGUAGUGUAACUAUUUUGUACAAUAGAGGACUGUAACUACUAUUUAGGUUGUACAGAUUGAAAUUUAGAUGUUUCAUUGGCUGUCUGAAGAGGUGUGGAUUGUCUUUUAUAAAUAGAUCUACAUGUAAUCUGCUACAUGACAAAACCCACACCAAAAGAAAUUUUAAGAAUUUGGCACAGUUAGUCACUUUGUGUAAUCUGAAAUCUUCUAGCUGCUGAAUAUCUUGAAGUAAAUCUCUGUUCACUGAAGUCUUUCAAUUGAGCUGGUUGAAUAUUUUGAAAAAUGAUCAGUUUUAGCUAAUGAAGUGGAUUUCCCAGUAGGGGUUUCUGCAUAUUACCUGUAUAGUAGUUAUAUGCAUAUGUUUCUGUGCAUGUUCUCUACACAAUUGUAAGGUGUCACUGUAUUUAACUGUUGCACUUGUCAACUUUCAAUAAAGCAUAUAAAAUGUUGAUACA